AUGGAGACCCCCUACUCAACACAGACCAACACCGCUGCCACCAGUCGAACAGUAUCUGUUGGGUCUGGUCUUGGGCAAACCGAUUAUCUCGACCUCCCCGUCCGUGAGCUGCACGAUGGCGCCGACCUUCGCGAAUACACAACCGAGACUCGAGCUGGUGAAAUCAUCAAGCCAGUUAAGUCAAAUGUCACCGGUCAAUUGGAAGAUUGGAAACUGGUCACUUUCACCAUCGAUGACCCCGAGAACCCAAAGAACUGGUCGAAGGCGUACAAAUGGUACUGCACCAUGGUCGUCGCUUUCACCUGUUUCGUCGUUGCAUUCUGCAGCAGUGUUAUCACUGCCAACCUGGAAGGACCAAUGAAAGACUUUGGCGUGGCUCGAGAAGUUAGUCUUCUCACGAUUACUGUGUUUGUUAUUGGAUUUGGUGUCGGACCUAUGGUUUUUGCUCCACUAUCUGAAAUGGUUGGACGACGACCGGUCUAUGCCGUUACGUUACUCCUAGCCGUCAUCUUUGUCAUCCCAUGCGCUGUUUCCAAAAACAUCGGAACUUUGAUCGUCUGCCGCCUUAUCGAUGGUAUUGCAUUCAGUGCCCCGAUGACCCUGGUCGGAGGCACACUGGCAGACCUUUGGAAGAAUGAAGAGCGUGGUGUUCCAAUGGCUGCCUUUAGUGCCGCUCCCUUUAUUGGUCCUGCAAUUGGUCCUUUGGCCGGUGGUUUCCUCGGCGACAACUGCGGCUGGCGCUGGCUUUACUGGCUGCAGCUGAUUCUGUCCUUUGUUGCCUGGGUAUUGAUCACAUUCACCGUUCCCGAGACCUACGCACCAAUCUUGCUGAAGAGAAGAGCUGCGAAACUGCGCAAGUCUCAGAACGACCCUAAGUACACUACCGAAACCGAGCUUGAUCCUCGUCCUCUAGGUCAGAAACUUCGCAUCUUUCUCUUCCGACCUUUCCAGCUCCUCUUCUUGGAGCCCAUCGUCUUGUUCAUCUCCCUUUACAUGUCGGUGCUGUACGGUCUGCUCUACAUGUUCUUCGUUGCCUAUCCCAUCGUGUACCAGGCCGGUAAGGGCUGGAGCGCCUCAAUGACUGGUCUCAUGUUCAUUCCUCUGGCUAUCGGUGUGCUCAUGAGCGCUGCUUGUGCCCCUUUCGUCAACAAGCACUACCUCAAGGUUUCCGCGCAAUGCGGUGGAAAGCCUCCAGCUGAAAAGCGUCUGAUUCCCAUGAUGUGGUCUUGCUGGCUCAUUCCUGUUGGCCUUUUCAUUUUCGCCUGGACCUCGUACCCUACGAUCCACUGGUUCGGUCCCGCAAUCGGCGGAUGGCCUGUCGGAUUUGGCUUUAUCUUCUUGUACAAUUCCGCGAACAAUUACCUUGUUGAUACAUAUCAGCACCAAGCUGCUUCUGCCCUGGCAGCAAAGACCUUCCUCCGCUCAAUGUGGGGUGCCUCUACGGUCUUGUUCACUGAGCAGAUGUAUAACCGCCUCGGCUACCAGUGGGCCAGCUCUCUUCUCGCCUUUAUUGCUUUGGCUUGCUGUGCUAUCCCUUACGCGUUCUACUUUAAGGGCGCGUCCAUUCGUCGUUUCUCCCGAUUCGCUUUCAGCGAUGACGAGGAGCAGCAAGGCGUGAAGGCUUAA